ACUGAAAUUGCCUUCACAUCUUACGCUGACGACGAUGGAUAAGAAGCAGCCUGUGCACGAGGGGUACCUACAAUGGCUGCCGCCUGCCGCCGGUGUGCUCCAGGUGCAGUUCUGUCAGCUUUCCUGGUCCUCCCAGCUGCGUAUGUUUGCGCCCGAGUCCACCGCCAGCCAUGGUGCUGGUGCCACAACGUACUCGGUCCGUGGCUUUUGCCAGUGGGAAGGUCUCGGGGUGUUGCCACUGGACUCCUACGGCCUGGAGCUCCAGCUCAAGGAUAAGCGCUCGCUGUACGUUGCGGCCGAAAACCGGCUGGACCUCGAGCGCUGGUGCCGGGCACUAAUCGCCGUUCUUGACCCAACCUCCGAGGCGGCGAACGAGAUUAAGCGCGAGCGACGCAAAGUGAAGCGCGAGAUCCGCAAGCAGCACGAGAAGGAGCAAGAGAUCAAGGACCGCGAAGAAGCGCGAAAGCGACAGUGGGUAGCGCAGAAGAAACAAGAGCUCCUCGACCGCGAGCGGGAAAUCGAAGAGAUGACGCCGCUGCAGCGCAAGGACGGUCUUGGCACGCUCGACGAAGAGACGGAGAAGCUCUUGCGAGAGCGUAAGAAACGACUCAACAAGAAGGUCGCGCAAGGGCGCGUCGGGAAGGAGGCGCAACGUCGGCGCCUCGAAAUGAUGGCAGGCGGCAAGUCACUCGACGCCACCGUGCCACCGCUUCUUCCAGACGCGGUACCCCGCAAGUCGAAGUUCAGAUUUGACCUCCCCCCACCGGGCCAGUAUUUCGUGUCCACGAAAGACCCGAAGCCCCUCCGGGACGCUUCCACGGGGUCCGUUUCGUCGCAAGACUCGGUCGUCAAUGAUGACGAUGCGUCUGUCUCUGGUGUUUCUGAAGAAAACGUUGUCGUCACAACAAAGUUACGCGGCGGGUUCGUUCCGCCACCUCCACCGCCACCGAAGCAAACGCCGGCGUCCACAGACUUCGUGUCGCGGCCGACGAAUCCGAUGGCAGCAGCCCUCGAUGCCAUCAAACGCAACCGCAAGUACAGCGUCGAUAGCGAGCGGCCGUCGCGGUCACGGCAGUCGCAGCUCAGCGCCGAGGGGAAGGAGCUGUUGACACGCGCGCUCUCGUCCAACAAGCUUCACCCGGAGCGCAAGGGUCUCUUCGACAGCAGCGACGAUGACGACGAUCACGACGAUGAUACCGACGCGCUUGUCUCUCGCCAAUCGAUCAAAGCCCACAAAAUCGUACCCACGGUUGGUACUAAAUCUGUCUCUGGCGACGAUGAAGAGAACGAGGAAAUGUCCGCUGCACGUGCCAUCGAGCAUGCACCAUCGAACGUCCCUGCCGUUCUGUCGGUGGGGUACGUAGCGAGCGCCGUUGAGACGCGUGGUGGGAAGACCAUGGCCAUCUACACGUUUGAGUUUCGUCUUCAUACAUGGUGCCGGCGUCUCGGGCUUGCAUUCCAUGAGCUUGAAGCCAUGCACCAAACACUCAAGGCGCACAGUGCUACAUUACCCAAGUUUCCGUCCAAGCAUGUGCUUCGGAACCCAACGAAACCGGAUUUGAUGCAGAAGCGCGCAGUUGAGAUAACGCAGUAUCUCCAAGGCCUCCUGGCGGUGCCCGGCCUCGUGCAGCACACUGCCUUCCAUUCAACGUUCGCGUUCCCACCCGAGUGGGCGUCAAGCCUUCUCGCCGGUGUCGUAACUGUUACGGCGACCACUGCGAGUUUCCAAGCUCCAACGCGCGCGACGAAGGUGUCAAGCCGCAACCUCUUUGAUGAUGCAAGCUCGGACGACGACGACGAAGUGUCCAUUGUGUCCGUUGAAACAGAGCCUGUUUUUAACGCGACCAAGAUAACGCGGCCAGCCUCGCAGCGAUCGGAGCUGCCAGUGGCACAACCGCCGCAGCGUCGGCCAUCGCACCGCGAGAUCCUUGCAUCGGCACCCAAUGCUCUAUCGACUGCACCCUCGCCUACACAACCCCGUCCAAGCCCAUUUGGUGGUGCUGGACGCGGAGAUCUUCUUGCUGCCAUUCGAAUGGGCGCCCAUCUCAAGUCCGUCGACGGCAACCAACCACCCGCGCCCACAGUAAACAACGCUGCCCCAUCAUCGCGUCCCGUUGCCGCUCUCCCAACGCCAAUUCCCGUAGCUCCACGCCCACCACUCGCAACAGCGCCAAGCAUCCAUGACAGCAUCGCGAAUGCUAUGGCAAGCCGCCUCAACGUGACCCAGUAUGAUGACGCCGACGAUGACGACUCCGAUUGGGACGAUUAAGCAAGCCAGCGCGUUUUUAGCUUCACGCCACUGCGUACUAAAGGUUUUGUAUGGUAUGUAUAUUUUCAGCGUACCCGUGCGACAGGGUCAAAUCCAUUUUUACUGCAUAUCUCGUG